UUACAGCCCAGCGUGGCCAAUGAGACAAGGAGCUGGGAAGCUGCGUUUAUUUAUUUAUUUAUUUGUUUAUUUGUUUCCAGUGCGAGUAUCGAGUUCUCGGCUUAAAACACUAUUAUUCUGAAAUGGAGGGCAAGGAAAAUUACCGAAGGGUUGUUUAGAGACUACAGCGCAUAUCUAAAUGGCGUCAAGUUGGGAAAAGGGGAAGUACAACGGGAUCUGGGGGGUCCUUGUUCAUCAGCUGGGGUUUCCCUCGUGGAGCCGGGAUUCCCCACGUCAAGAUUUCGACCCCGGACCGUCAGCAGGAACUCUGUAAAAGAGCUUCCUGCAAGUAAAGCACAACCUGAAAAUAAGUUUGAAACUUACCUGCAGGGGUUGAAAACUUACCGCUGGAGGUGCAGCGCGCCUGCCAGCCAUCAUGUAGGGUUCUUCAUGUAGUCACUCACGUGACUCCGAAGUAAAAUGGGUCUUGUGUAGAUAGCUGGACAAUGGGCCUGUUUCUGUGCUGUGAGCCUCCAUGGCUCUCUACACAGUGGCACCAGUAGGGCAACAGGGUCAGGUGUGAAAGAUAGACAAAAAAUGCUGGAGUGACUCAGCGGGCCAGGCAGCAUCUCUGCAGGGAAAGGAUAGGUGACAUUUCGGUUCGGGACACUUCUUCAGACUUACUGCAGCACUUUAUGUCUAUCUUUGGUAUAAAGCAGCAUCUGUAGCUCUUUGUUUCUACAUUUUGGCUUACUGCACUGCGAAAUCUCCUCAAGGUAUGCCUACUUUGAAGAAAUUCUUUCUCUCUCUCAAAUGGAGUUUAGCAAGGGUCUGAACAAGGUUUCCGACCCAAAAGGUCACCCAUCCUUUUCCCCCAUAGAAGCUGCCUGACCCGCUGCGUUACUCCAGCACGUUGUGUCUUUGGUAUAAACCAGCGUCUGCAGUUCUUUGUUUCUGGGAUCAGAUAUGAUGUUGGCACAGAUUAAUUGUCUGCCAGCAACCAUGUCUAGACUUGUAUAUGAAGACUGGCACUUGGGAGAGAUACUGGGUUAUGAGGAGCAUCUAUAGUCAGUGGGAAAAAAUAGCCCAGGAAAACUGGGCGGUGCAAUACACGAAAAGGGGAAAUGAAUUCUGAACAAGAAAUAUCACAUUAACUUGAAAUUUUACUUUUGAGCAUAAAAUAUAAUAGGAGAUUUAGCAUAAUGAUUAUUAUUUCACUGCUGAAGAAUAUUCCACAAGCUUCAUCAGGAAAUCAUAUGUUAAAUUUAAUUACAUAGUUAGAAAUGAUGCAAAUCACUCCGUUUACUUCCGUGUUCCUCUCCAGCAGCACAAAGAAAUAUUCUCACCGUGAAAUGUUUAUUGUUAGAUCCUGCUUGAAAAUAUCAAAAUCGUUCCUACACUGAAGGCUCCAACGUUGUCUGGGGACAAACGUCCGACAUUUUAUUUUAUUCUUUUUAUCUAAAGACAGUUUAUCGCAGCAAUUCAACACUGUCGGGUUUAUCCACUCUGUGGUUUGGUUGCGUGUUGCCAGUGAAUGGUUAAUCUCAGAUGGAGUGUAAUUGUUGUCUUUGAUGGAUUCUCAUGUUUAAUGACGACUUGGUCGCCUGUGAGUCAGUGGCCGAGGAUGUGAUGGGCUAUAAAAGGGUUGGGGAUCAGCAGAGCCAGGCAGAGACUCCUUAGUCGAGGUGCAUUGAGAAGAUCUCGACCAGACUCCACUUCGGUCCAUUACCAAGAGUCAGCAUGCAGUUUCUGUGGAUGGCAAGCCUCCUGUCUGUGCUGCUCUUGGCAUCAAGUGUAACGGCAGCACCCCUGGAAGACAGGCUGAGUCUUCGGUUGAAUCGGGGUCUGAACAAGGAGAGGAACGAGGUUAUCGCGAAGCUCGUAUCCGGACUGCUAGACUCCGGCAGCAAUCAGAUGGGGAGUGAGAGCACCUUCCCGAACCCCGAGGACAUGGAGGAGGAGAAACUGGAGCAGAGGGCCGUCAUCAGUAAGUUGCCCAAUAGAAACAACGAAAACGACUGCAACAAUUUCUUUUGGAAGACCUUUACCUACUGCUGACGCCGCCGGCGCCGCAUUAAAACUCCCCUCAAUGGAAUUGAUUUAGCGCUUUAGGUUUUAUUCGCCUGUGGGGUAAAAACAAUAAUUUUUAUUUUGCACAAAAAAGCAUGAUUGUGUAAUUUUCAAAUGAUGCCUCAGUAUUCAUCUAGUUUGAGAAAUAAAGUGAAUCCAAGCUAAUGAAACUAGUCCCAGUUUGUUUUCUUCAUUGUUUUAUGAUUUUACCUUUCAAAUGUGAAUAUGAAGUUUGGGAGGAGGGAGCGG